GACGCUGCCAGCAGCCGCGCGGCCACGCCGGCGGCUCGCCGGCCCCAGGUGGUUCUUUGCCUUGUUCUUCCCGGCCCGGGGGCCCUUGGGGCGGCCGGGCCCUCCGCACCGCCCGGGAGCGGGGCUGCGCCCGGCGGGCCGCGGCCAGGAUGUCCGCCCCGCUCCCCCCUGCCCCCGCGUAGAGCGAUGGCUUCGCCAGGAGAGCCGGGCGGGAGAGCACUUUCCUCAGUGGCUGUGCUCAGACCAUGACCUAACUCACCAUGAACUUGGAAGGGCUUGAAAUGAUAGCAGUUUUGAUCGUGAUUGUGCUUUUUGUGAAAGUGUUGGAACAGUUUGGGCUGAUUGAAGCAGGUUUAGAAGAUACUGUAGAAGAUGAAAUGGAAAUGGCCACAGUACGGCAUAGACCUGAAGCUCUUGAACUGCUGGAAGCACAGAGUAAAUUCACAAAGAAGGAACUUCAGAUCUUAUAUAGAGGUUUCAAGAAUGAAUGUCCCAGUGGUGUUGUCAAUGAAGAGACCUUCAAAGAGAUUUACUCUCAGUUCUUUCCACAGGGAGAUUCCACAACUUAUGCACAUUUUCUGUUUAAUGCAUUUGACACUGACCACAAUGGAUCUGUAAGUUUUGAGGAUUUUGUUAUGGGUCUCUCAAUUUUACUCCGAGGGACAGUACAGGAGAAACUGAAUUGGGCUUUUAAUUUGUAUGAUAUAAAUAAGGAUGGAUACAUAACUAAAGAGGAAAUGCUUGAUAUCAUGAAAGCAAUAUAUGAUAUGAUGGGGAAAUGCACUUAUCCUGUUCUCAAGGAGGACACACCUAGACAACACGUGGAAACAUUUUUCCAGAAAAUGGACAAAAACAAAGAUGGAGUAGUUACCAUAGAUGAAUUCAUUGAGAGCUGCCAGAAGGAUGAGAAUAUAAUGCGAUCCAUGCAGCUCUUUGAAAAUGUGAUUUAAUGAAGGCAUUAGGUCAGGAACUAAUGGACAAAUAUAAGCAAUUCUGCAACAUAAUCUAAAAGAUGGAUUUCCCACUUUACCGUAAAUAA